AUACUCUUAUUACAUGUUUUCAAUCCGAUUUGAUUAAUUACCGAUAAAACAAUAUUUAUUCUUGACCUUUAUGUUAAUUUUGAAAUUAAAACCUAUAAUUUUGAAGAUUAGUAUUUGUUCAAAAGUGCUGGUACAAUGUUGCUCAGAUGGAUUUCUAGUUUUAUACUAAUUUUUCUGUUAGUAAACUUUAUUGAAAUAGAUUGUAAAAAAUACGCAUCUAGACCUUCUUCCUCUUUCGGAUCAAGGCCUUCUUCGUCUUUUGGGUCUAGGCCCUCUUCUUCUUUCGGAUCAAGACCUUCUUCUUCUUUCGGAUCAAGACCUUCACCCAGUUACAAUUCAUUUGGAAACAAUAGGCCCAGUCAUAAUACGUUUGGUACUUCCAAUCAUGGUUCCUUUGGAAGUAGGCCUACCUCCAGACCCAGGACUACAAAGUAUACACAAAGACCUUACCAGAAACACUAUCCUGUAACGACCAUGCCAACUCAUAGAACCACCAGAAGAUAUUACCCUGUUACAACUAUGCCAACCCAUAGAACCACAAGAAGGCAUUACCCUGUUACAACUAUGCCAACUCAUAGAACUACCACGAGACAGCCUGCUUACAACCCAUACUACACUUCAAAAUCCACCCUUUCACCGUUCCGUACCACAAGACAACCUGCACAUAAUCCAUUCUUUACUAGCUCAUCAAAACCUCUUAACAAUCAUUUACAACAAAACGGUAACAGAUACAACACUACUUCUCAUUUAGGUACCACCAGGAAACCGACAUAUAACCCAUUCGUCAGCAGUACUUCAAAACCUGUCAACAACCCGUUCCAACAAAACGGAGCCUAUAGACAAAACGGUACCUCACAUUUAGGUACUACCCGACAACCAGCGCAUAACCCAUUCUUCAGUACCUCAUCUAGACCUCUUAACAACCCUUUACAACAAAACGGAAAUAGACACAACUCAUCCCAUUUUGGUACUACCCGACAACCUGCGCAUAAUCCUUUCUUUAGCAGUACUACCAAGCAACCGGUUCAUAAUCCAAUUAGGAACAACGGAUCAAACUGGCAUAGUACUCCUAGACCAUUGGGAUUUCAUAAUGGUACUGGAAUCGGAUCGCAAACGCAGAGACCUAACAAUAACUUGUACCAUACCACUAAAAUGGUACCACUUCAGAAUCAAAAUAAUGGGAGAUGGAAUAGCUCAAGACCUGUAACCCCACCGUCAAAUAUUAAUAAUUAUUAUCGGCCAACUCCCUCUUGGAACAACCACAACACACCUACUCAGAGGUAUACUAGACCUUCCUGGAACAAUUCUGCAAUUCAUGGUUCAGGUUCAUCUGGAAUUGGUACCCAUCAACCAAUUUAUAAACCACCAGGUCAAUACAACAGGACGUUUGUAAGUCGUCCUUCUUACAUCACCGGAUCUCAUCCACAAACUUCUUAUCCAACACAGCACCAUACAACUGUCAUCAACAAUAAUAAUUACCAUUACCAUCCAGGUAGUUACUACCAUCCUUCAACAGGAACAUCCCAUCACGUCACCGUAAUCAACAAUAACAAUUACUACAAUCAUGACCAUAGAGUCAUAAUUCCUUCAAGACAUUACUACGGUUAUGGACCACCAGCUGUGGGUAUUACAAUAGUAAACACCGACUACUAUUCCCAUUCCAUAUCCCCACAUUACGUCAGUACUUACCACUAUAGUCCAAUUGAUACUGGUAGUACCGCACUAGGUUUAUAUCUAGGAUACCGAUUGGGACAACUAUCGAGACCCAGUUACUAUUAUCACAGUACAAGCUACGUUAACAAUGAGUAUGUUCCUAGAUAUGAUCAUUACACAGUACAUCAUUAUUACCAUAACAGCCAGAGCGUACCUAAAGAAUCUCCAAUACAACCCAACGCUAUAGUAGUCUGCCCUGGUGAUACAGCAAACCUUUGUCCAGCUGGUAAUAUGCCAUUAUGCACUAACAACGGUGCUGUAAUGUGCGUAGUUACUGCUCAAUCAACAGUACCUUGCGCUGAUAAUAUCCAAACUAAUUGUGCUAGCAGUAAGGUUACCUGUGUUGGAAAUACCUCACCCGAAUGUAGACAGCAAAAUCAAGAAGCUAGCAUCUCCAUUCCAUGUGUAUCCACAGCUAAAAUCGAUGCCGGGGUUGAAUUUAUUAACAACAGCUUGAUUGUUACUAAUCCUAAUGAUUCUAGUACCAAAGCAUUCUGCGUGACUGUAGUUGCUUUACCAACCCAGAGCAAAAAUGCAACCAAAGAUACCAAAACCGAAGUAAAACAUCCAACAGAAUAUAGCCUACCAUACCGUUACACUACUAAUGACACUGGUGUAAGUCUACUCGGGUACUAUUUAGGUUACAAGCUGCAAAAUUUAUUAGAACCAAGUUUCUCCUUCCUUAAUUAUGACGAAAGUUACAAUUAUAUUGAGAAAUUCGAUCAUUAUAACGUUUUCCAUUACGAUCAUGAUGCUACAGUACUACCCAAAAUAGUAGAGAUCAAAUCUGAUCAAAUUAUGCCAUGUGCUGGAGAUAGUGGUACCUUCUGUCCUCAGAAUACCACGUCUGUUUGCCUCUUUGACGGUGCUGUAAUCUGCGUUGCUGAAUUUAACUCGACUAUAUCCAAUAAAGAACUGCAAGUAAAUUACAUCAAUAGUAACAUCUCCUGUUUGAAUCUGAAAUCACCUGCUUGCAUUUCUUACCAGAGUACCAACAUUUCAAUUCAGAUUCCGUGUAUUUCAACAGCAAAACUCUUUGCUAAAAGUACUUACCGAAUUAAAAGUUAUGGUACCGGUAAUAACACUAUGUUUUACAGAACAUUGGAACCCUUCCUAAACGGUACCACAGUGGAAAGUUUGCAGACACCUCGCGAGCUUUGCGUUACCAUUCUAGCUUUGCCUGGAGAAAAAGUGGUACUAAAGAUACCCAAAACAAGGAAAGUUUCAGGUGUACCUAAUGCAUCUAACGCAUUAAAUUUACCGCAUUACAACUAUAAUGUUAACGAUACUGGAGAUAAUGUUUUCGGGUACUAUUUAGCGAAUACGUUCAGUACUUUAGCUUUCCCCAGUUAUUACUGGAUUAACGCUGAUUUAUACAGAUCUAAUGGAGAAGUACAGAAGUACGAUCACUAUUCCGUUCACUACUAUGAACAUGGUAGGGAAAUAAUUCCUAGUGAUCUAGAAUUGCAAGCUGCUGAGCUCAUUGGAUGCGAGGGUGAUACUGGAACGAUUUGUCCACAGAAGACCAGUUCUUUAUGUCUUAGUGAUGGAUCUGUAUGGUGCGUCACAGAUCUUUUACUGACUGAUCCAUGUACUAAAUAUAAUAAUACUGCUUGUGUAAAAACUGAGGUAUCAUGCAAGAACAAUAAAUCGCCUCAGUGUAAGAAACUUAAAAAGAAAGAGGUUGAUUUAGUUUGUAUGGCUACUUUGACUGUUUCUGGUGAAAUUAUGAUUACUAAUAGUACUAUAUAUACGCGUAAUCCUAUUAUUACUAAGUCUUAUACAGAUAUUCAAUUGGUUACUGGUAGCAGUAAUAGUUCUAAUAAGGCGCAGCAUUUCUGUGUCAGUGUUGUAAAUAUACCUAUGGAGAGGCAGAUUUCUAUUGGUGAGAAAUUGUUUGAAAAUUCAGAUACUGUAUUUGGACAGAUUGCGGCUAAAAUUUUUGGAUAAUCUAUUGCUCUAGAAUAAUCAAUUUGCUAUAAUGUAGAAUUUAAUAACUAAGGUUUAACCAAUGUUAAUCCUUUAAAGUUCUGUUUACAUCUGCAUAAGUUUUAUAAAAAUUGGAUUUGACAGUUUUAUUAUUAUAAUAGUAAUAAUCCAUAUAUUUAUCAAUAAUUCUUAAUUAAAAUUGUUUCCUAUGGAUAAUCCUUUUUUUUUGUAUGGUUUUGUUCAAUUUGGAUUUAGUUUUAUAUUUCCGAUGUCUUGUUCCAUGAUUUUACCGAAUAAGAAAGGCUUUUUUAAUAUUUUAUUUUUUAAUAAUUUAAUUUAAGUACUAUUUUAUAUUUUUCUUUAAUAAAUGUAACGUCAA